CCCAGAGUUCCUCGGGGUCGGAACCCUUAUGUGAUUGGAUAAGCAAGCGGAAGCAUUGUUUACAGAGGGAACGUCAUCGUGAGUAGAGUUUUGUACAGGGAGAAAAUUGUAUGGAUUCCACAGCAGAAAAGGAGUCUGAGGUGCUCCUUGACAAGAUGACCAACUCUCUGACCAAUGCUAUGAGAGUAUCCAAACAACAUGAAUGUCCAGACAGCCAAAGCACAGCAGCCCACAGGGGUACUGAGCAGGAGGACGAUGCCUUCUUUGACUGUGAGGAGUCUCUGGAUGGAGCAGACGGCUCCAUGGGUGACAAGGAAAGGAAGACUGACUGUUCAGAAGCCCCACCGUUAUGCCAGGGAGCAGAGGGAGACAGUAAAGAGACAGUCCGAUUGAACAACUCACAAAACACAGAGGAAGAACACAUCAAUGCAGAGUUAGGAGAUGCUGAGAUGUCAGGGGUGAGAACGACAAUAUUGGAAGAUAAAGAGGGGGAGAGAGGUGAAGGAAUGGAGGAGGAGAAAGAGAGUUGGGAUGAGUGCACUGAAGAAGACAUGAGUUUGGCAGUUGAAGGGGGAGAUUCUGAUACUGAACUGAAAGGAGAAGAGAACCCAGCUCCUGAGUUUGAUGAGGAGUAUCUGAGAGAAGUGGAGAAAGUCCUGACAGAGGAAGAAAAGGAGAGCCGCAGAGAGGAGAGCAUGACACUAAAGGACAAGGGGAACAGUCAGUUCAAGAGUGGAGAGCACACUGAGGCAGAGGAGUCUUACACGGCAGCUUUGGGAGUGUGCCCUGUGUGUUACAGCAAGGAGAGGGCUAUUCUCUUCUCUAACCGUGCUGCUGCCCGCCUGCACCUGGAUAAGAAUGAGAAAGCCAUUGCUGACUGCACAAAAGCUAUAGAGUUGAACCCAAACUACAUGCGGGCGAUCCUGCGGAGGGCAGAGCUCUAUGAGAAAACAGACAAGCUGGAUGAGGCUUUGGAAGACUACAAGGCUGCUCUGGAGAAAGACCCAAACCUGCCUGCAGCCAGAGAGGCCUGCAUGCGGCUUCCACAACAGAUCCACGAGCGAAAUGAGAAGCUGAAGGAAGAGAUGAUGGGCAAGCUGAAGGACUUGGGCAAUAUGUUCCUACGGCCUUUUGGCCUGUCCACCUCAAACUUCCAAGUGAACCAGGAUACAGGCACUGGAUCCUACUCCGUCAACUUUGUUCAGAGUCCAAAUAACAACAACAGAUAACAGCAUGACAAGCCAGUCUGAGAGCUGUCACACCUGGCUGGCCUUCCAUCCCCAGAGCUAAGAGACUGACACUCAGGACCCUCCACUAGUGUGUCAGAAGUCUGAGUGGGAUCCGUUUGAAAUCCACACGACAAAUUAGUCUUUCAUGGUUAAAUAAGAUGUUAGUGUGUGUGCGAGAGUGUACUGUCUUAACAGUCAACUGUGUUUCCUAAGGGUAUAGCCAUUAAAUGAUCAAUGACUGUUACUUUG